UAAAGUCCUAUCUGCUUAUCUGCGCUUGGAGCUGUCUUCAGUAGAGAAGGAGCUUCCCUUAGGAACCGGGGGACAACCCCCUACAGAGAAAUGGAAUAAAUAGUAAUAUGGUUUGCCUAGAUUUUUUGGCCAUGACAUUUUGUGUAUGGGAAAUGCAUAUCAACAGUGUAUCAAUUAACUAAGAAGAGGUAAAAUCGAAGCUUUUUGAGAUUGUGUUUUUGGAGUACAGCUCUACAAUGCCAGGCCCUCUAUGGAGAUGCGUUUCUUGGAUUUUGAUGGUGGUGGUUUUAACAGGAAUAUUUUACAUAGUCACAGAUGCCUCUGGUGGAAUUCACGUGGACACUUUGGUACGGAGAUAUGGCCAAGCAAUGUCUUCAGAGGCAAAUCAAGGUUUAUUUACUCAGUCUCUUUCAAAGGCCCUGCCUAACAGAUCACAUCAAGAGAAAGGGGCAUUAUCCAGAAGAAAACGGGAUAUACUGUUUCCUAACGGAGUUAAACUUUGUUCACAAGAAACCGUUCAGCAAGUGAUACAUAAUCACCUGAGCUACUUUCACCUCAGAGUGUGUCAGGAGACUGUGUGGGAGGCCUUCAAGGUCUUCUGGGACCGUCUGCCGGAGCGAGACGAAUACCAGUUCUGGAUGGAAAAAUGCCAAGAUGGCACAGCCACUGUUUUUGAUAUUGGCAGAAGCUUCAGUCAGUCAGAGGAGCAUCUCACCCUUGUGCAAAAUAGAGUAUUAAUGACUUCAUCCACUAGUGAGCCCUUCAGCUCCUGGUCUGACAUGUGCAGACCAGAUUCAACUGCUGCUCCAAAAGAAGAAACCAUCCAAACCACCACUGUGAAGGAAGUACAGACAGUGCUGACAGACCACGAGGGGGACAGUGCUCCAGAUCUCCCUGUGGAAACAGAAGUAGUCCAGGUCACUUCAGAGCCUACUGUGGAGGAGGUCACAGAGGACCUUGCUGCUGAAGUUGAUCCCUAUGAAACACCUGAGGACACGGAUGCGAUAAGUCCCGAGACCACAGAGGAGGCCGCCGAACAAGCUGCUGUUGAAGAGAUAAGCCAGGUGGAUAUCUCAGAGGAAGUGGAGGACACUGCAGAGGAGAUUGCCCCAGAUGUCACUGCUGAAGCCCCCCAGGAAGAGAUAACUGAGGGGACUCCCGAGAACACUGAGGCAGGUGGUGUGGUCACGCCUGAAGAGGUCUCUGAGGAAGUCCCUGAUGAAGAUGUAGGUGUGUGGGAAACAGCUGAGGAAAUACCACCCGAGGCUACAGAGAGCACUCCAGAGGUUGAUGAGGUCAUCAUUGAGGUUGAGGAGGAAACACCUGUGCCUACAGAGGACACACCUGAAGAGGACACACCUGUUGAGGUUUCACCUGAAGAGGAUGUGGCAAUAGAGGAAUCACCUGAUGAAGGUUUACACGAAGAGGAACCAAUAGAAGAGGUCAUACCUUCAGAAGAGACAAUUGAAGCGGUUGUAACUGAAUCAGAAUUACCUGAACAGGUUGCAAUUGAGGAGGAAAUACCAGAAGCGGUUGUCACUGUGGAAGAAGUACCUGAGGAGCCUGUAACUGAAUUGGAAGUACCUGAAGAGCCUGUAACAGAUGAAUUACCUGAGGAAGCUGUACCUGAGGAGGAAUCACCUGAGGAGGUUGUACCUACUGAAGAAGACUUACCUGACGUAGUCGUGGAGGAAAGACAAGAUGAGGUUGCACCUUCAGAAGAAUUGACCGUAGAGGAUCAUACACCUGUAGAGGAAACAACAGCAGAGGUUGAAUCUGAUGUUGUCGUUGAGGAGGCUCAGGUUGAGGAAACACCUGAAGACACCACCCCUGAAAUUCAUGAAGAGGAGAUAUCAGACACUGCUGAUGAAGAUGCUCCAUCACCCGUAGCAACUGAAGAAACAACAGGUACUCCAGAAGAGGAGGGCACACCUGAACCCAUUGAAGAGGAAGUUGUACCUGAAAUAGCUGCUGUGGAAACAUCAGAGAUAGUGCUGCCAGAAACAGAAGAGGUGGCAGUUGAGGAUGAGGAUGCUGCCUCACACACACCUGAAGGUGUACCUGCUGAGGAAACUGUCAUUGAAGACGCAGGUGAGACUGCUGUAGAGGAAGUGAUAACAGACACCCCCGAGGAGGAUUCACCAGAGGCUGCCACAGAGGAAGGUGCAACUGAGGUUGAUGACACACCUGAGAUUGUGGUAACAGACCAUACGCCAGAGACUGUUGGGGAGGAGGAUGGAUCUGAUACUGUUUUGGAACCAGAACCAGAACCAGAACCAGAGGUUCCAGAAGUAGAAAUCCCAGAGGAUACUGCCAAAGAAGAAGUUGCAGUUGAGGAGGAACCACUUCAAACUGUGGAGUAUGUGGAGGAGAUCACAGUAGUGGAAGCACAGGAAACGACACCAGCACCCACCGAAGAGCCCACCACAACAACUGAAGCACCCGUGGAAGAAGAUGUAGUAGAGGAGGAAAACAUGAUCACCAAUGAAAUUGAUGACGUCAUGGCAAGACCAAUAAGACCUAUGGGAGAGCAUAUAGUGGAGCUCAGCAUCAAGCUAAAGGGGGAGUUUUAUGAUGACUCCCUGAGGGACCCGUCCAGUUAUUUCUACCAGAGGCUGGCCGACCAGUUUACACAGAAGAUUGAAGAUGCAUUUGAGCGACUUCCUGGUUUUAAGAAUGUGUUUGUGCUUGAGUUUAGGCCACAGAAGGAUAUCCAAGGUGGACUUGGAGUGGUUGUCCACUAUGCUAUCACUCUUGAGGGUGACGGAGGUGGACUGAGUAAUGCAACCAUGGACUUCAUCACCCUUCAGGCCAACAUGGUGGGGAACUCAUAUCAUGAGCCGGAUGAGCUGCCCACAGUGGUCUACACAAUCACAGACUUCCGCAACUACAUCACAGAGGCCCUGCACAAAGAGAACUUUAUUGGGAACAACACUCUGGACGUGGACCCUGAUUCUCUCCAGCUAGAGAGCGUGGAUUCAUUGUUACCCGUCAAGCCAACAGGAAGAGCCAUUGAUUCUAAUGACCUGGAGGAUGUCCUUGCCGCAGAAAAGCCUCCUGAGAUUCCUGGACAGGAGCUGGUUGGCAAUGACCUGUUCCUGAAAAAAGAUGACUUCCUGUUUGACCCUGUCCAUCCAUAUGAUCAGUGGAUGGGCCCUCAGAGCAAGCUUGCUAGUGAAAAUGAUGUCUUUAGCCUUGAAGAGAAUGAUUUGGAUUCAUUUAGCCUGGCUCAAAAGGGAGAUGUGGUGGAUGACUCCCUAGACUUUGGCUCUGGCUCUGGGUUUUCUGGGGAUGAGCAAGGUCCCGACUUCUGGCCGUGGGUGCCAGAAAACCCCUCGCUGGAUGAAGAUGACUCAGAAGCGACGGGCGAGACCCUGGAAAAGCUGAAGAUUCCACAAGAACUUGACAAGGAGGUUCCUAUGGAGGAGGCAAAACCAGAGCAAGAGCCAGAACAAGAGUUGGUCGUCGAGGAGCCAUUUUUGGAACACACACUGGUGACUCAGGACAUCCUCACUCACCCGCAUUACACAACCACCGACCAAGCCCCGACGUUCUGGACCAUGGAAACGCUGACCGUGGAGCUUUCCAUGCAGACAGUGGAAGCUUCAGGGAUGUACGACGACUAUCCAAGCGAGCCGACCAUCAUACACGCCCCAGUCACCGAUGCACCUCUCCCCGAGGAGCCUCCUACAUCUGAGACAUUAUUCAUUGAACAGUCUCCAGUGAUUGCAAUUACAGAGCCGAGUCACCAUGAGGAAGCCUUGGAGGUCAUCCCACAGGACAACUCUGCCAUUGUGUCUGAAGACCAAGAGGUUUCUGAAGAUGCUGUAGAUGCUGAUGCAGAGUUACCUGCUGCUGUGAGCAUCGAAGAAGUUGCUGUGCCUGACUCUGACACCAAAGAACAACCAGCGACUGGGGACCUGACGGUUAUUGACAAUGGUGUUGCUGAGGACAGAGAGGAUGAUGGAGGGGUUGAGAUUUUAGAGGAGACAGGAAAGGAUAUAGAGCUCACAACCUCGGAGAGUUCUCCCGGCGAGAUCUCAAAUGAGGACCUCACAGAGGAUGAGAUCAUUUCCGUGACUGUGACGGCCGCUGGUCCAGUCCCCACGACUACAACUCAGUCCACCCCGCUCUCUCCUGAGAAGGAAUCUCCUUUCACCCGCAUAUCAAACGCGGCCCCUGAGGAGGAGGAGGAAACAUCAACCACAGAGUUCUCUCUCAUUCUGGAGGAAGCCAGCGAUGAGACUCCUCUGUAUGGCCUUGACAUAGAGCCUUACAUGUACUUUGAUGAGACAGAGCCUAUAGAGGAGGAAGGUGACGAUGACUCUUUGAAGAUGUCUCAGGUACCCUCAUCGGCUGUCUUUCUCAACGUUACACAUGAUGCCUCAGACCUCACAUUCUUUGGGGACUCAGAAGAUGGCCCCACCAUGGAGAUACCAACUCCAGAUGCACAAGCCAUGGAUGUCACACAGAUGGCUAGCAUUGCCAUGCCAACCAGUCCAGGCAGAGCUCUGAUGGUGUUUUUCAGCCUGAGGGUGACCAACAUGAGGUUCUCAGAUGAUCUGUUCAACAAGAGCUCUGCUGAGUACAAGUCCCUGGAACAGAGGUUCACUGAGCUGCUUCUCCCCUACUUGCAGUCAAACCUAAGCAACUUUGAAAACCUGGAGAUCCUUAACUUCAGGAAUGGCAGCAUUGUGGUGAACAGCAGGAUGAAAUUCGGCAAACCAGUGCGAAAUGAAGUCACCACAGUUGUUUACCUCAUCCUGGAGGAUUUCUGUAACACGGCGUACCAAACCAUGAAUUUGGCCAUUGAUAAAUAUUCCCUGGAUGUAGAAUCAGGUGACAGGGCAGACCCAUGCAAAUUCCAGGCCUGUAACGAAUACUCCAGGUGCACGGUGAACCGGUGGUCUGGUGAGGCGGAGUGCCUGUGUGACCCCGGCUACUUCAGCGUGGACAGCCUGCCAUGCCAGAGCAUCUGCGACCUACAGGAGGACUUCUGCCAGAACGAUGGGAAGUGUGACAUCAUCCCUGGAAAAGGGGCUAUCUGCAGGUGUCGUGUGGGUGAGAACUGGUGGUAUCGAGGGGAGCGCUGUGAGGAGUAUGUGUCUGAGCCACUGGUGGUUGGGAUCGCUAUAGCCUCAGUGGCUGGCUUCCUGUUGGUGGCGUCAGCCGUGAUAUUCUUCCUGGCCAGGACGCUGCGCGACGAGUAUGACAAGGAUGACUCAGAAGACCCCCUAAGGCAUGGCGAGAGCGAGCCAUCCUUGGAGAGGGCCACCAAGUACAACCCCAUGUUCGAGAGCGACGCAGCUGUCGGGUACAACCAGUACUACAGGCGCUACCCAGAUAUGCCAGUUUACAGCACGGCCACUACCGACGCCUCCAACGAGUUCAGCAGUGAAGAAAUCAGACAAAUAUAUGAGAACAGCGUGCUCACCAGGGAGGAAAUUGAGGACCGCUUACGGGUAAUCGAGCUGUAUGCCAAGGACCGGCAGUUUGCCGACUAUGUGCGGCAACACAAAGUGUUCCUGGACAGUCGGAGAGAUAGCUCAUCCUCAAUAUAGCUGCGGGGAGCAGAACCAUUUACUUAUAACCACAAGAAGCCUGCCUUUGUCUUUGAAACAAAAAAGAUAGAAGAUGUCUUUUGUUGCCAUGGUGUUCCUUAUAGACUUGGAGGAAUACUGGAGAUUUGGGGAAGGAUGCUUCAUAUUCCAGUUGCUGGUCUCUUCUCUGUGAUGGUGAAAUUGCUAACCAGUGGCUGGGCAUGAAAGACUUCUUUCUUUUUCUUGUGGGAUAUGAACUUCUUUUUUGAAUUUUUGGUGUGUGCGUGCUAUGAAUGCUUUUGUCUUUUGAUCAUUUUCUCCUUGUUGGACUCAGCCAUUACGUUUCUUUUUUGUAAUCUUGUAGCAGACUUUUCAGAAAGGCAGUCGACCGACAAUCAACCAAACCAUAUGGUGAAGUGAAACUGAAAGUCAAAGACUCAAAGCUCUUAGUGAAGCCCUUAGUUGUAGAACUUACACAAUGACUUAGGAAGGUCUGUACCACUUUUUCAUGGUCUUUUUUUCUUACUCAUCCUCACUCAUCGGUGCCUUCAUUUGGUUCCCUGGGUCACACUUAUUGUCUGUGGUUGGGGCACUGAUAGCCUAGCCUAGCCUAAUCUUGAAGGUCUCACUGGAAUUCCAAUAUCCCGAACAAUUCAUUGACACAGGACUUCAAAAUCAACAGUGCUAGUGGCAUGGUUCUGACCUGGGAAGCUCUGGUUGCUGCAUGGACUCAGAUGAAUCUGGCUAUUUGUAAAUAAUCCUGUGUAUAUUAUGCAACCUGCAUCAUGUCAUUGUCCCUCUCUGGACCAUUGGUAUGGGAGGCAAGUCACGCAAGUUAGGAGACUGACAAUUAUGGCUCUAGUUUUCUUGCUCGAGUACCUUGACGGUUUAGAGAGCGACGUUGACACCUGACGAUUCUCUAACCCUCUGGCCUCCAUUGCAUGGGUAAUGGGGUUAUGGUGGAAUGUGGAGACAUUUUUUAUUUUAUUUUUAAUAGUAAAUAAUUUUAGAGUAAAUACAAUGAGGAAUGAAUGUCAUGUGACGUUGAUGAUUUAUUGUGCUUGUAGUCAUGGCUGGGUAACCUUCAGGACAUUCUGCUAAAAGUCAUCAGAAAUAUUGGCAUGGCCAUGUUUAGUUUAAAGACAUAAACAAGAUGUGACUGUUAACAUGGCUAUGAACAAUUGGGUCUGUCAGGUUAAUGGAUCUAAAUUCGCCCCAAUCGAUUUAAAGUUUAGGUUGUUACCUCAAUUUAAUAGAUGUUUUUUUGUCCAGCAGCUGGGAGUCAUUUUUACUACAGCAUCACCUACAAAACAAUAUCAAUAGAAUGUGAGGCUUCUGUCACAAGCACUCAUAUAGUUUGAAGGAUUAUCUGCAACAUCUCCUUCUGUGAUCCAAAUGCUCCCUGGUGUUGUUCUUCAGUUUCAUGCUCCAGGGCAUGUCAUUAGAUAUUUCAAUGCAUUUUGCAGCCUUCCACCCUUCUAAAUGUUGAGGAAAAUCAACUGGAUGUGACAAGCAGUUGAAUUCAAUUGUCUGUGACUGUACUCAAGGUAGAGAAGUCUGUUUUUACUGUAGGCUCUGGGGCAAAAUGUCAUUGCACAGAACUAAGGUUGUAUGUUUUUGUAAUAAAUGUUCAUUUUUAUGAA